AUGACUUCGACAUAUCCUUUUGAACCGACCCCCCAGUGGACGACAAUAAACCCUAGGUCAUUUCUGCCAUUUCGCACCCGCGCCGGAGACUUGGAAACGCAUCCAUUACCGUCUCCUCCUCGGAAUCGGCUGUUCAACGACAAUUAUGCUGUUACUACCCAUUUCGUUCCUGCUGCAUGUCCAAGACUCACUCCAGAUAUUCCAUUGCCUGUGGUCCCAAAACUCUCGACGAAUUCCACAGAACGGAAGCAAGGUAUUCAGCAGCUUGUCGCCAAAAUUGUGGAGCGACAAGAACGCUUCGUACAGGGUGGGUUAGGUGAAGAAAGAAGCGAGAAGCCGUUGUGGAACUGCGUUAACCGAUAUGUGAAGAGAGUUCAAGAUGGGAGGAAGGGACUGACAUUGUUCUUUGCUCAUGCAAAUGGUUUUCCCAAGGAGAUUUGGGAAACUACUCUGCGAUAUUUGUUAUCGUCAUCUACGGCCUCAUUGAUCGAUGAGGUGUGGUCUUGGGAGGCUGUCCAGCAUGGUGAUGCUGCAUUGAUCAACGAGUCAAAUCUUAGUGGCAUAUUUGAUUGGCAAGACAACGCACGGGAUAUUGCACACUUCCUGUUACACUACUUACCUGAAGAUGCAUCUUUGCAGGCUUCACUACCCGCUCAUCUACAUCCGCUGCUGGAGAGUAUCAGUGAAUCCCGGAAAACUAACGGAUUUUCAUCUCGCUCCCUGGUCACUGUUGGGCAUUCACUCAGGGGCUGCUCUUUGAUACUAGCAGCUGUCGAUUUCCCUGCACUGUUCCCCUCCAUAGUUCUAGUGGAUCCGGUGGCUAUUCAACCUGGCUCUUCCUUGGAUCUCCUGCGGAACACAUUGGCCGUCACCAUUGGCAGGCGCGAACGCUGGUCGUCACGUGAGGAAGCCUGGAACUUACUCAGGGCGUCUCCAUUCUUCAGAGCUUGGCAUCCUGAUACCCUGCAGUUAUAUGUCACCUAUGGCUUGUGCGAGGAUUCACAAGGGGGCGUAAAGCUAAAGAUGUCAGGUCUACAUGAGGCUUUGGCGACCGUAGAUCGUAUCGCGCCAAAUGAAGCAUGGGAACUGCUGGAAAAGGUGGACGAGCGAAUAGAACUACGUUGGAUUGUUCCAGGGAAGGCUGAAGACAAAGGGGUUAUGGGUGAAGAAGCAACGAGGGUGCGAGUGUGGCGAAGGCCUGCCAACUCAUCUAAUGUGGUCAUUCAUUCUGCUGGCCAUCUGAUUGCACAAGAAUCGCCAGAGGAACUCGCCCAAGAAAUAUCAGCUUUUCUGGAGAGAAAGUACAGGCUGCGGAGUAGAGCACACCUGUGA